AGCAGAAAGACACAAACACCUUACUGCAGCUCUCACGUGCACUAUAUAGUAUAUCCUUCUCUCUAUAUUACCCUACCUACACUUGAACAAAGAUUUUUGUGGCUUUGAAGUGCAACUUUGCUGCAAACAUGAGUAUGAAGCAGAGACCAGGUUUGCACUUGAGAACUACAUGAGAUCUCCACAACGACAUGAUGGUUCUACUAAAAGCAGCUGCUCAUCGAUGAGUCAUCGCCAGAAUUUGGUAGCGCAAGGGAAGAAGAAGAGGAAGAGAAAACCAAGAGCUUGUAAGAACAAGGAAGAAGCAGAGACACAAAGAAUGACUCACAUUGCCGUCGAGAGGAACCGGCGCAGGCAGAUGAAUGACCACCUCGGAGUCUUGCGCUCCCUCAUGCCCAAGUCUUAUGUUCAAAGGGGGGAUCAGGCCUCUAUAGUUGGUGGUGCGAUAGACUUUGUGAAGGAACUAGAGCAACUCUUGCAAUCCCUUGAAGCACAAAAGUUACAGCUACUGCAAGGACUAACAGCACCAAAUGAUGACACAACCACCUCCUAUGCUGCCGCCGGAGCCACUUCUAAGUUUAUGCCAUCACCAUUUUCUCAGUUAUUUGCACACCCUCCUCAAUUCUCUUGGUCUCAGCUGCCUAACAAAUACACCUCAACUACUAAGGCUGCUACUGCUGAUAUUGAGGUCACCCUGAUUGAAAAACAUGCAAAUAUUCGGAUUCUAACAAAAAGAAGGCCAAGGCAGCUCCCGAGGUUGGUUACUUAUUUUCAGACAGUUCAACUCACCAUCCUUCACCUCAAUGUGACCACCAUGGACCCACUUGUGCUUUACUCAAUCAGUGCAAAGGUUGAAGAAGGAUGCCAACUCACUUCAGUAGACGACAUAGCAGGAGCAGUCCAGCACAUGGUAAGAACUAUCGAGGAGGAAGUUGUCUUAUGUUGAUCAAGACAAGACAUAAUUAGCGUUACAAAAAUACCCUUGUGCUUGGCCUAAAACCAUGGACCAUCUAGGACAUGUUUUUGGUAAAUAUCAAUGUCAACCUCCAACAUCUCUCAUGGUUUUAAUUUUGUGUAUGUGUUGGCGCCAUGAUGUUGUUUCUUUCUGCAAGACUAAAAGCACAAAAGACUAUAAAAUAAAUUAUAUGACCAACCCAAGCCUUGAAAAUGUAUGAAAAUUGCAUUCUAGAUUGUGUCAUCAAAGCAAAGCAAGACAUGAACAAGCCCGACUCUCAUGCAGAGACACAAAUGUUCUUGCUGCUCUGAUAAGCCUGUUUUCUUUCCUUGGUAACAGAGAAAUGAAGGGUGGAGUAUUGGAAAAAGAGAUGAAGAUUUGUAGUUUUAUGAAGGCGAAAGCCUGCGAGAGAGGGGGGGUUUUGUGGGAUCGAUGCAUCUUCUCUUUUUGUGUGGUGGGCUCUGAGCCUCCAUUUUGUUUCUUUGUGGCAAACAGAUCUGUAUUCUAAUUAAAGCUCAUGUCUUGUUGCGUAUUCAGAUAGGGACAUAAUAAGCCGUAGCUUAUCCAACUUUAUUUUGUGGAAGGUAGAUCUCCCAUCUUCAAUUUGUAGUACACGAUUUAAUGGCACAGCUAGGUCACUUCUUCAGCUUGUAUGUCCUUCCCUCUACAUGGUGAAUGACUGAUCGCUUAGAUGAGGGAGUGGUGAUAUAUUAAUAAGGAGGGCAAAUGCCUUCUAGCUAACCGAUCUUCUA